UUCCAAAUGCCUCCCCUCCAAUUUUUGUUUAUCCUCAUAGCCCUUCACUUAUCAGCGAUGCCUUCCGAGAGAGAUACUAUGAGGUCGUGAAUAUAUUCAGACAGAAUACUGAGGAACAUUCGACCUUAAAGGAUCGUAUCCAGCAUAUAGACUAUACACUCAAGAUGUGUGGCCCCUCAGUCAAUGAAUCUCAUCCUUCAAUCUUGGUGUUUUGCCGCCCAAAGGAGUUCAGUUCUCUAAGUAGCCUUCUUCUUAGCAAGCCCCUUAAGUUUCAGUACUGCCUUCGGAGAUCAUCGUCCAAAUACUCCUGGAAGGGGUGGCGGAGAAACCAGCCCGCCUUCCCUGGAGAUACAAGCAAACCACUCUUCAACCUUUAUUUUUGGUGUCAAAAGAGACCACGAAUUCUGCUAGGGUGUGACCAAGUUAGAGUCUUUAUCGAAUCCGAGACUAGCAUGUCAACUUCAAUAUCGCAGCCAGAUCUUGAUGCAGGGCUGACUUUAUGUGGCUCGACCAUUUCUGUCUCUCCAGGAGGCCUUCAAUGUUCAACGAUAGGCUGUAUUAUCGAGAUAGAAUCAGAUCUUUACGCUCUGACUGCAGCACAUGCUAUAAGACCAUCAAGACUACACUCAAAUAUAGCCGAAGCAAAAGAUAAUAACACAACAUUGGAUACAACUCUGCAUGAUGCAGUAGCAUCCCUCCCUGGCGAUAAGCGACUCACGUUAACAGCAACUACGGGGAACGACCAUAUGCAAACCGGGGUGUUUACCAUCCAUUCCAUUGACAGAAAUUCACUUGAUGAAACUUACGAAAACGACGAUUAUGUCGUUGAUGAGGUGACGUACGAUAUUGUUAGUGAUAUCAGUGAGGAUGACGAGUCAAUAGACGGAAACCGGCCACCAAUUGCUGACGAUUCCGUCCCCGAGACCCGACCAUUUGCUCCUGGGCAGGAGGCGUUGGCUUUCUUCCCUGAGUAUCACAACACACGUGAUUCUAGUAGUCUAGAUCUCGAUUGGGCCGCCAUUCCAUUGAAGGAACGAGAGCAGUGGCGUCCGAAUGCCUUCGUGAGCGUUGAAGAUCCGUCACAUCCUAUGUUUCUCUCCGAAGUUGCUGUAACUCAUCCGAGGAGUGAGACGAGAGUUUUGAUAGUUAGCUCCGGUCAUACCGCAAGAAAUGCGAUGCUACAGCCGGUAUCGUCAGUUCUAGGGGGAAUCAAUGGCAGUCGGGCGUCAACAGUUUGGAGUGCUAUUAUGACAGACAAUGAUAGUAAGUUUCUCAAUUUGAGAUAUAGCCGUUAUUAACCUCAGUUAUAAGGUGUCUCCAAAGGAGAUUCUGGGUCAAUUGUCAUUGACGCGCAGACCGGCGUGAUAUAUGGACACGUUAUAGCGUCGAAUCCGUUACGAGAGGUUUAUAUCAGUCCAUUAGCUGCCAUUUUGAGCCAGAUAAGCUCAUGCUUUCUUACCACGACAGUAUCAUUACCUAAGCCAUUGCCACUACUAACUAGUCUAGCUACUUUGUGUCUCGAGAAGAAGCAAGAUGCUAGAGCCGUCAAGUUGCUGACUCACUUGGACUCGUUGAUCCGAUCUAUGGAGGAUGAAGGGCAAACUAGUGCAUUAGCAUCUUGGAGGAAAUCCAACGAAC